AUGGUAAGGACUUUCUUUACAAAACCAAAAAUGGCAACAACUUUCUUUACAAAACGAAAAAUGGCAAGAACUUUCUUUACAACACUUAAAAUGGCUAGAACUUUCUUUACAAAACAACAUGUUAUUGAUCGUAUGACAUAUCCCGUGCAGGUCACAAAAAUAACUUUAUAUCUAUUUAUUGGCUACAAAUGUUAAAGUAAAGGUUCGAUUCAACGUCGAUUUCUGCAUUCACAUUCAUCAUGACCGAAUUGUGAGUAAUAAACACACUUCCCAUAAUCAUAGUUCCAUCUUUGUUGACAUUCACUAUCACAAGUCGAUGGGUCACAAUCUGAAAAUGAGGAAAUGUUAAGAUAUUUAGAUGGUGAGGCAAGUUUAGGGCGAGAUAUGGAUAGUAGAGUGGGAUGAGAUAGGGUAGGGUACAGUAGAGUAGGAUGAGAUAGGGUAGGGUAGGGUAGCGGGAGUAGAAUAGGGAAAAACAGAAGAGUGUGCUAAAACCAAAAGAUAAAUCUUUGACAUUACCAUCUCCGUUGAUUACAGUGAACAACGUAAGUAUAAAAGCCAAUAUUAUCAAACAAUUCUUCAUAUUGAAAGCCAAAAAUGACUGUUUUUCAUAAAAUUUUUGUUUAAAAAUAAAACAAAAUUAUAAUAAUAUCAUUUUUGUUUAUAUUUACGGAUUGAAAUGGUAGGUUUUUUGAACUUUUUAUUGAAUUUUAUGUAAAAAAAUAAACUUUUAGGGAAAAUUGCGGCUUGUAAAGAAAGUUCUGACCAUUUCUUGUUUUGUAAAGAAAUUCUUGCCAUUUUUUGCCUUGUAAAGAAUGUUCUUGUUAUUUUUUGCUCUGUAAAGAAAGUUCUUGAUAUUUUGUUUUAAAAAAGUUUUCAAUUUAAUUUUUUCUUAAAUAUAAACCAAAUUUAAGUCCAAAAUCCCCGCCAUUGGGUCGAAAGAAGAUGCUAAACCGUUCGAUUCGAUCGAAACCUACCUGUUCUCAGCCAUGUUCGUCAUAAUGUUCGUGACAUUGGUUUAUGUUGCAUUGGCAGUGUUUUCAGUACGUGUAGAGUAUUUAAAGGUAAGUGUAUUGGUUCAAGGCUGUAUAUUAUACUUGUAUUUUAUUUUUUUAGUUAACGGGUACUAGUAGUACCAGUGGUCAAUCGUACUAUUAGUACUAAAAAUUUUUUACGUUUGAAUUUACCUAAAAAUGAUAUUUAAUAGGUGAUUUUAGUUUAAUUAAAUUUUUUUGACCAGUUGUACAAUUGGUACCAAAAAAGAGUACCAAACGUAUUUUUGCUUAAAGUAGUGCAAAAAGAGAGUUUAAAUCUAAAUUUUACAAAUUUAAUAUUGCUACUAGUAGAAAUAGAGAUUUGAACACAAUCUUAUACCUAUUUUAAUAACUUUUUACCUAUUUUCAGUUCAAGAAGAGGAAAGAAAUCGAAGAAAAGACGCCAGAAACAUUGACAAUAAUGGAUCCAGAGUAA